AGUAUAAAUACUGUGACUUCAAUCGAGGAUCACCAGCAGGUUCCCAACUCUGCCUCUAAAGGAGGAGGAAUUGGCCAUAAGAAGAUACAUCUUAUACAUUUUUUCACCUUCAUCUAUACAGCUGGCGUGCGUCACCUUGCAUCAUUUUCAAGAGGUCGACUUUAAAACGAGCCACACCAUUGAUGUCUGAAGCUGCGCGUGGAGCAAAAGGGAGAGUGUGAGUGUAUGGUGUGUGGUGAUUUUUUUUUUCAAGAGGAGAGGAAGCAGUGAUGGAAGAGCUCACCGCUUUCGUGUCCAAGUCUUUCGAUCAGAAAGUGAAGGAGAAGAAGGAAGUGAUAACCUACAGGGAGGUGUUGGAGACCGGGGCAGCGCGCGCAGGAAGCAGGGACUCUUUAUCCGCGGAGCCGGGGAGCCGAGAGGAGGCGGCAGCCGUUACCCGGAACGUAGCGCUCUCUCCGGGCAGGGAAACGGACAUGCUCGGCCCGGAGCGGAUCAGGGACGCCGGGAGCCCCAAACUCAUAGACGGCACCACGGAAGUGAAAGACAGGAAAGAAGACUCGAAGCCCAUCGAGGACGAGACGCAAACUAAAAUCAAGCAGAGGAGAAGUCGGACUAACUUCACGUUGGAGCAGCUCAACGAGCUGGAGCGGCUCUUUGACGAGACCCACUACCCGGACGCGUUCAUGCGGGAGGAGCUGAGCCAGAGACUGGGACUGUCGGAGGCCAGAGUACAGGUUUGGUUCCAGAACAGAAGAGCCAAAUGCAGAAAGCAGGAGAACCAGUUACAUAAAGGAGUCUUGAUUGGAGCAGCGAAUCAGUUUGAAGCUUGUCGUGUAGCGCCAUAUGUCAACGUGGGGGCUUUGCGGAUGCCAUUUCAACAGGAUAGUCAUUGCAACGUGCCGCCCUUCUCCUUUCAGGUGCAGGCGCAGCUGCAGCUGGACAGCGCCGUGGCCCACGCGCAGCACCACCUGCACUCGCACCUGGCAGCGCACGCGCCCUACAUGAUGUUCCCAGCGCCGCCGUUCGGGUUGCCCCUGGCGACGCUCGCGGCCGAGUCUGCCUCCGCCGCCUCCGUUGUGGCGGCCGCCGCCGCGGCCAAGAACACGAGCAAGAACUCCAGCAUCGCCGACCUGAGACUGAAGGCCAAAAAGCACACGGCCGCGCUGGGACUGUGACGGGAGGACGCGAGGCGGGGACGCUCCGCGGCCUCGCGACUCAACAGACACUGAAAUAAAAAAAAGGAAGAAAAAUAUCCACGGACUUAAUUUAUGUUUUCUUAUAAUGAAGGAGGACGAGUAUAAAUAUAGAAUAUCGGCUAUUUAUGAAAUAAGAGACGAACUGUGAUAGCCUGGAGGACGAAAGUGGACGGAGACACCCCUGAGGAGGACGCAGCUUGAUGGGUCGGUUUUGUCAAACAAGGCGAACCAUUCUACAAACCCCCCUCAUCUUGAAAUAUUAUAUACUUGUUGUUGAUUUUAUUAUAGAGGCUGGCCUCAGAUUAUGUCCCUCAACCCCCAAAUCAAUGUUUUCUCUGCUUAAAGGGGACAACAGAGACACUUUUUUCUGUUCCUUGUCCCAGACACCUCUGCAGUGUUUGCAUGAGUUUAUGAGCCACCUCAUUAUUUUAUUCUCUGUCCUCCAGAGGAACUACCACCCGAAGGUCCGGCCUAUUUGGAAAACACACAGGAAGUGUCCCAUUUUAAAACAAAUAAGAGUACGCUGAUCAGUUUAUUAUGUCCCCCCCCCCCCCCC